ACGCGGUCGCGCUGCUGUUGCCAAACCUGCUUACACAAACACGGAAACCAUGAAAAAGAGGGCCGGGUCGGGGGUGUCCUUGCUUGUGGUGCGUUCAGCGGAGGUGCGAAAGACAUACAGGGCGUGGUUUCUGUCAAUCUCGUUGGCCGUCCUCCUCCUCUGUUCCGUUCCCUUGUUCUCCGCUGUUGGUGUCACCGCCUCGACAGCUGCUGGCGCCAAAGGAGCAAGCUCUCGUCACAACAACAACUGGGCCGUGCUGGUGUGCACAUCCCGCUUCUGGUUCAACUACCGGCACGUGGCCAACACCCUGUCGGUGUACCACACGGUCAGGCGCCUGGGCAUCCCGGACUCGAACAUCGUGCUGAUGCUGGCGGACGACAUGCCCUGCAACGCUAGGAAUCCGUUUCCGGGGGGGGUAUAUAACAGCAAGGACCAUGAGCUCAACCUUUACGAAGGAGACGUCGAAGUGGACUACAGAGGAGAAGAAGUGAGUGUGGAGAGCUUCCUGCGCCUGUUAACCGGGCGAACUCUACCGGGAACACCGCCUUCCAAGACGCUGGCGACAGACGAGCACAGCAACGUGCUCAUCUACAUGAACGGACACGGCGGAGACCAAUUCCUCAAGUUCCACGACAUGGAAGAAGUAUCCAGCCACGACCUGGGGGGAGCCUUGCGAGAGAUGGAGCUCAAGAAGCGGUAUCACAGGGUGCUGUUCAUGGUGGAUACGUGCCAGGCAAUGACUCUCUUCGAAGAGAUCGAUUCAAAGGAUGUAAUCUGCAUCGGCAGCAGCGUCCGGGGGGAGAACUCGUACGCUCGAGGGAGCGACGCAACGAUCGGGCUGUCCCUGAUGGACAGGUUCACGUCUGCGAUGCUGGACUUUUUUCAGGCCGCGAUAACGAAGGGGGAAGACGUCACGGCGAACAGAGUGCGGGGGUUCAGUAGCGGAAACUCCGCCCCGCUGAACCUAAGAAAUGAUGUCACCCUAGGGGCCUUGAUGCAUUCGAUGCGGCCGAAGUCACUCCUCUCAUCGCCGACGGUGGAGCUCAAGGGCUGGACGGGACCCCCGUUAAAUAUGGACGGUGUGGGGUUUGCCCCGGCCGUAGCCACGCUGCGGGCUCGAACGAGGUAG